AUACGGUGGCGGAAAAAGCGAUUCUUUUAUUUUAGUCAUUUCAACAGAAAAUCUAGGACGAGAUAUAGAUAUUACUGCACUGGUUUCAUACCACGUGCAAAACAUUCGUAAGACAUCGCUUAUAAACUAGAAUUACAAUAUCUCCUAUAAAAAAUAACUCGUCACAAAAAUAUCAAGUAUCAAAAUCGUUUACAAGUUGUAGUCAAUUACCAACACUAUAAGUGGAGCGUUCACCACGACCGACCUACUUGUUGUGCCCUGAAGCUCCAAUACGCACCAUGCGACCCUUGACAACUGCGUUUGUGCUCCUCAUGAUUGCCUAUGCUAAUGGGGCAAACAUUGUUGAAGCUCCAAUGGAUGACAUUAUGUAUGCAAAGGGAGAAACCACGACUAUACAAAAGCGAGAUACUGAAAGAUCAUCCAUGGAAGCAUUCAACAGUUUCAUAGAAGAGAAAUUGAUGCAGCAAAGUCAGGCACUGGAGCAUCUUGUCAAAAAAGUUGACGCCAGCGGAGAUCUGAUCAAGAAUUUGAUCGAUAACUUAAGUAGAGGUAUCGAAAAGCCAAGAUUGCCAGCCAAAGCCGAACCCGAAGAGGUAGCUAUAAACAAAGAUCCGAGUUUAAGUGAGGAUGGAUCUGAAAAUCCAUUAGUAAGGCUUGGGAAAAAUAUUCCAAAGUAUGGGAAGUUAGCUAAAGAUCUAAUAUUAAAAGAUAUGCAAUCUGGAACGGAUCCGACGCCACUCUUAGAGAAAGAAGUGGACCCGCCCACUUUUCUAGAGUUAGGAUCGCGACGUUCGAACGGAGUUAAUAACGUGCUUAUACCAAGUCGGAGAAACGAUGGUAAAGACGUUAAUCCCUGGUGUCCAUUGGCUUUGCUCUGCCAACAGACGGUUGAUCCCAUUUGUGGGUUUGAUGAUGAAUUCGGCUACGGGAAAUUCGAAGACUUGUGCCACAUGCUUCGUGUAAACUGUUACUGGAAAUACAACUUUUCACAGGUGUAUACUUGCAGCCCAAAAUUAUGAAUGUAAUGUAAAAUUCUUUAGUUAGUUAAACAAUUUAAUUUAAUAAUUGUUUUAUAGUAAUAAAUGUCGUUUUUCUAUUGUUUGACUUUUUCUUAAGAAAUGGAUAGGCAAAAGUGACUCAGAGAGU